CUCAUGUCCUCAUUGUCAUUCUCAUUUCCUUGACUUUAACAAAUAUAAUAAUAUUUUAAUAGCAACAAACAUAUUAAUAAUAAGCAUCUCACGGCACACUAUCAAACCACAGUACACUCUAAAGCAGCGGCAUCUCUUUACUUUGUAGCUCUAACAUGGCCAUGACUCAAAAGUCUAUUAACCUACCUAUCAAUGGAUCCGCUCUUCUCCAGUUCUUCGCUGCAGCUUUCCGUUCGGAUGACGUUGACUCUAGUUCUGAUGAGGAAGACGAGCAACCGAGCGACAGAAGUGUGAAGACACAUAGAGAGCAAUCGCACUCUCAUCAAAAUCAAAAACCGGAUAUAGCCAUCAAGACAGAUAGUCUAUCAGAAGAGUUAAAGGACACAAACCAGGCACCUAGUCCAGAGCGUCCCAGCGACCCCUCUCCCAUCACUAAGACCCCCCACGAGGGCAGUAACAACAAUGAAAAUCAAAAGGGCACUGCUAGCGGGUUCUCAUUUGGCAGCAUUCACGACAAGAAUGCAGUUGCUCAGAAGCUGCAGAAGGCAUUCGGAUACUCGAAGGAUGAGACACUUGUCGGAGAAUACUCGUGCUGGAUGGCUCGUUCAGUGUUAUUACCAGGCUACAUGUACCUGACGACAAAUCACAUUUGCUUUUAUGCCAAUUUGCCAAGUAGCCAUGACGUGAUCCAAAAGGAAGGCUUCUUUGAGAAAAAGUCCAAGAACACAAAGAAGUUUAGUCGGUUCUGGUUCAUAUUAAAGAAUGAUGUCCUUAGCUAUUAUUCAGAUCAGUCAGAAAUUUAUUACCCGAUCAAGACCAUCGAUCUGAAAAAUGCAUUAUCCGCAGAGCCAUCACCCACGAACGAGCUAGCGUUCAACGUGUACAUGACAAGCUCGCGUAGAUACAAGUUCAGGACAGACUCGGAACUCGCACGGUCUGAUUGGGUCAAAGCGAUCCAAAAGUCCAUCUUCCAUGCGAAGAUGAAUGAAGAAAACGUUAAGAUUUCGAUACCUUUAGCCAACGUGCUGGAAAUUGAGAUGAAUUCAACCUCAUUUGCUGAUACGAUUCGGUUGUCGAUUAAGGACGGUGACGGAGAAGAUGAUGAGUUCUUCUUUGCCUAUUUCGAUGAUACCCCAAAAACUGCUGCUACUUUGAAGUCUCAAGUCGAUCAAUACCGCCUCGCCAGCAAAGAAAGAGAUCACCUGUUGUCUGAAGACCAUUUGAAAUUCCUUGACACCACAACUAUCAAAGCGGAUGACUCUUCACGCAAAUCACUUGCAACCGAACCCCCACAAGGGCCCCUUGCCUCCUCUGUAUCUGGAAUCCAAUCUCAUGAAAGCAGUACAUCGCAAGGAGCAGUGGCUGGCGCAUCUUGGUUCAACCCUCUCAAAUAUCUCCGUCCAUUGGAUGUUACCUCUAAUAGCCCAACAACAGAAGGUCAAAGAAAUGCUUCACCAACGUUUCGGGCCGCGACUGAGGCUGAUUGUGUGAAGGAGAAGGAGAUCUGCAAGGCAACAAGUGAAACGGAUGAAGCGCCUUCUACAUCCUCUCUCCGUGGGGCUGCUGCAUGGUUGACUGAUCGUAUACAAGAAAUAUCUGCUACCGCCGCCACAACCAUCAAUGCUAACAGUGUCGAAAUUGAGGACAGCAACCAAGAAGAGGCAUUUAGAAAGGACUUUUCGUUGCCUGAAGGAGAAGCUUUAGGCGAGAUAUUUCCAGGGUAUUUACUACGUGUUCUUCCCCUUUCUGGAAGAAUCUAUCUCUCUGACAACUAUAUUUGCUUCAAAUCAACUGUUUAUGGGUCCAGUACUCGCGUGAUUGUCCCUCUAGCAGACGUGGAGCAUGUGGAUAGACAUCAUGGGACUCGAUUCUAUUUUCAUGGACUGGCACUAUUGACCAAAACAGAUGAGGAGAUUUUCUUUGAAUUUUCAAGCUUGAACACAUGCAAAAGGGUUCUGAACGCACUGAAGGAGCGCAUCACGCCCGAGGCACAGAAGAGGCGCAAAGAGCAUCGCGUACAAGCUUUCAAAGACAGCCCUUCGGUUGAAUUAGAUGACCCAAUGGAAUCUCGCGUAAUGGAUUCUUUAAACCUGGGGGAGGACUCUGUGAGUGGAGAGCCCAUGUCUCUGGCGUCUCAUCCGGGAUUCAAGCCCUCGAGGCCGUUGCGUAUAACUUGCUUGACUAUUGGCAGUCGAGGCGAUGUACAACCCUACAUUGCAUUCUGCAAGAGGCUCAUGGAGGAUGGUCAUUCUUGCCGUAUUGCUACUCAUGGAGAAUAUAAGGAGUGGAUUGAAAGCCAUGGUAUUAAGUUUGGUCAUGUCGGGGGAGAUCCCGGUGAAUUGAUUGAAUUAUGUGUGGAAAACGGCAUGUUCACAGUCUCGUUCAUCAGAGAGGGUCUUCGAAAAUUCCGAGGCUGGCUAGAUGAUCUCAUGAUGACAGCUUGGGAAGCAUGUCAGGAUACAGAUGUAUUGAUUGAGUCGCCUUCUGCCAUAGUAGGAAUUCAUAUUGCAGAAGCGCUCAACAUCCCUUACUUUAGAGCCUUUCCUUUCCCUUGGACACGAACUCGAGCGUUCCCACAUCCCUUUGCAGUGCCAGAGCGUAACUUGGGGCGAGGAUAUAAUUACAUGAGCUAUACUAUGGUCGAACAAGUCUUUUGGAAAGGUAUAUCUGGGCAAGUUAACCGCUGGCGUAAGAGGACUCUUAAAAUCGAACCUACAUCCCUGGAAAAGAUGGAAGCCCAUCGUGUCCCUUUUCUAUACUCUUGGAGUCCCAGUUUGGUCUCUGCUCCCAUGGAUUGGCAUUCUUGGGUGCAUGUCACUGGCUACUGGUUCUUGGAUAACCCAGAAUUAGAUUGGACCCCACCAGAGGGCUUGGAAGAAUUCUUGGAGGGUGAUCCGGACAACAAGCCAGUGUACAUUGGCUUCGGAUCCAUGGUCGUGUCGGAUCCUGAGAGCAUGACAAAGACGAUUGUGGAUGCGGUAGUCGAAUCUGGGGUGCGGGCGAUCGUCUCGAAAGGUUGGUCUGACAAGCUUUCGACUCAAGAAGAUGGUGCUAUGAAAGUAGUUCAAAAGACAGGAGCUGGUGAAAAGAAAGUCUACCCGUCUAGCGUCUACAUGCUUAAGUCAGCGCCUCAUGACUGGCUUUUCCCACGUGUGGCGGGCGUGGUGCACCAUGGAGGCGCAGGUACGACAGCUGCAGGCCUCCGUGCAGGGAUCCCUACAGUUAUCAAACCUUUCUUCGGAGAUCAGCACUUUUGGGCACAGCGUAUUGAGGAUGCUGGAGUGGGUGUCUGGUGCCAUGACCUUACGGUAAAGAAACUGUCUUCAGCAUUGAAAACCAUUACAACGAAUGAAAAGAUGAUAAAGAAGGCGCAGGCUAUUGGUGAGAAGAUUCGGGCCGAAGACGGUGUGGGUACUGCAAUCCAAUACUUUUACCAUGACCUUGCGAUUGCAAAGCAGCAUUUGGAGAGAAUUAAAAAACCUAGGAAGGAGAGUAUUGCGGCCGUAAAAGAUGUUGUUGCAGCAGAAGAAGAGGAAGGUGCCACGAAUGGAUGGCUCUCAACUUUAUCUACCAAAUCACAAAGCCGGCCCACGAGUGCGACAAUGGACACCAGUACCAGCAGCGAUAAAGACCGUCCAGGUACUACUGGUCCUGAUAGCGACGAGUUGUCUAUAGCUUCCGCUUCAGCGACUGUCGGUACAGACGAGACUAUCCGUCCAGGAUCUGUCCAGGGCUUGCCACAUUCAAAUUCAGCCUCAAUACAUGAUGAUGAUCUUGAGCGUAAAGGAUCGAACCGUGGCCAGCUAGCCGAUCACCUCAAGUCUUCAGCUACAGAGCCAGGCCCCGAUCGUGCUACGGAAUUAAUGAAGGAUAAUGAAAAGAGCGCAGAAGGUAUAGCCGCACAGUUAGAGGCUAUGCAACCUCCACAUAAAACCCCGCCUCAGUUUACCCUCCAUGGAAAGAUCUUGGGAGAGAAGGAUGAAGGUAAUAGGGGUGCGGUCGAGAGCAAGGAUAAGGCCGAGACUACAGAGGAGGGGGACAAAGAAGAAGAUAAACAUAGGCACAACAGGAACGGCAGCCAAGCAGAUAUUGACGGCGAAAGCCAUGGCGAGAGUGGCGACGACGGCAGCAGCAAUAGCAGCAAAAGUGAUUCGGAUGGGCAAACGAAAACAAACAAAGAGGAAUCUGCCAAGAAGAAAAAAUCCAAAGCACAUCGAGUACUUGGUUCAUUAAAAAUGAAGGCCAAAAAAGUGAAAGCCCAUUUCAAACCUGCGACAAGCACCGAGAACACUGACACUGUUGUGGUUCCUAUGAAGGGAUCAGAUGCGCAGAGGUGAAAAAGGAAAUGAAAGCGCUUACAUCAGU